UUUCAGAAGCAGCACAGAAGUGGCCCUUGACGAGAGAGAGAGAGAGAAGGAUAAUGGCGGAGGCAGUUCAAUCUGAGAGCAAGAACGACGCAAUCAACAACGAAUUAGUUCCCAAACUAGCCACCCUGAACAACUCAUGUCCAAACAAAAACAAAAAUGAACAACGCAGCCCACGAUCCGCGCCACACGACGCCACAAAAUGGCCAGCGGAGCCCGUCGAAUCACUAGCCAACUCCCGACACGAGUUCGGGGAACACGGUGGCGUCAACAUGUCCAUCGAAGCCUCCGCAACUUUCACCGUCAUGGAGCCCGACAUGCUGACCAAAAUAUUCGCCGGCGAGCUCGGCCCUGAUCGCGACUUCUACCUCUACAGCCGCCACUUCAACCCCACCGUUCUCAACCUCAGCCGCCAGAUAGCCGCCAUGGAGGGCACGGAAGCCGCCUAUUGCACAUCCUCCGGCAUUUCCGCCGUCUUCUCCGUGCUGCUCCAGCUCUGCCCGGCAGGGUCGCAUGUCGUGGCUUCGCGGUGCCUUUACGGCGGGACGUACGAGUUGCUUUCACGGUUUCUGCCUCGUAUGACGGGAUUGAAGACGACGUUUGUGGACGUGAAGAAUUUAGAGGGAGUGGGGAGGGAGGUGAGGGAGGGGGAGACGCGGGUGAUAUAUGUGGAGACGAUGUCGAACCCGAGUUUGGAGGUGGCGGAUAUACGGGGAUUGAGCGCGGUGGCGAGGGAGAAGGGGGUGAUGCUGGUGGUGGACAACACGUUUACGCCUAUGGUUGUGUCGCCGGCACGGCUUGGAGCUCAUGUUGUGCUGCAUAGUGUUUCUAAGUAUAUCAGUGGCGGAGCUGACAUUAUUGCAGGCGCAAUCUGCGGGCCGGCAACGCUCAUAAACUCAAUGAUGGAUCUUCAUGGCGGAACUCUUAUGAUGCUUGGCCCAACAAUGAACGCGAAGGUAGCCUUCGAACUAUCAGAGCGACUCCCCCACCUCGCCCUCCGCAUGAAAGAGCAUUGCGCGCGCGCAAUGCUGUACGCCUCACGCAUGGAGCAGCUGGGCUUGAAAGUCAUCUACCCCGGCCUAGCGAGCCACCCUCACCACAACCUCCUCCGCUCCCUCGCCAAUCCAGGCUGCAUGCUCUGUCUCGACAUGGGCACUGCAGAGCGCGCCAACCGCCUGCUUUAUCACUUACAGAACACGACUCAGUUCGGGCUUAUUGCGGUCUCACUCGGCUACUACGAGACGCUCAUGUCGUGCUCUGGAAGCAGCACGGCGAGUAAGCUUAGUGAGGAGGAGAAGCAGGUUGCGGGGAUCUCUUCUGGUCUUGUGCGGAUGUCGGUGGGGUAUAGCGGGUCGGUGGAGCAGCGGUGGGCGCAGUUUGAGAGGGCACUUGCUGCGUGCGCGAAGGAAGAUGAUUGAUGCUGCAGGGAUGCGACUCGUCGUGAUAUCGGCUUUGCUGGUGGGUUUUGUUAGUAAUAUGUUAGUGGGCUUUACUUGAUUGUUGGUCGUAUUUGACUUUGGUUUGUUUUCUGUUUCUUUCGGGCUGGUAAUAAGGGAGUUUUUAGCUAUGGAACCAUGCAUUUGGGUGGGGCUGCUUUUUUUAUUAUUAUUGUUAGUUUUUUAAAAUAAAUUUGAUUUUUAUAAGAGUAUGUUUUUAAGAUUGAAAA